AUGGAAUCAUACCCUCGCGACUCGCCGUCGCCUCGCCACACGCCGUCGCCACGUGGACGGCUUGAUUCCAUGUUUUACACGGGCGGGAGAUCGCAUAUUCCGUCGAGAUCCGUGUCGCCUCUGGAUGUGGACAGUCCUUCAAUAGAUAGAGAAAUACAUCAGCACGCGGAGCAGGAGCACCUUUCGCAGGUGACGUCGCGCAAUCCAGCGGCCGUGAUGGAGCUCGACCUGGACUGCAACGUCAAGUUCCUAAGCAAGACCUGGGAGUCCACAGUGGGAACGAAAAUUAGCAAGAUUAUAGGGCGCCCUCUGAGCAAUAUAAUACUGGGCGAAAUCGAGGACAAGCAGGUCUUUAACAAGGCCACUAGCAUCAUGAUGACCGAUGACGACACCUACCGCGUGAGAUUUAUUGUUGCGACGAAUCUACAAAACGCCUCAAGAGAAUCGGAAAACACCGAUCAAGAAACCGAUUCCUCAGUUUCUGACGAUGACUCCGUGAGUGUGCACUCGGAAAACUCCAGCAUAUCGACAGACGGCAAUUGUAUCGAGCUGGAAGCUCAGGGCGUUCUGAUACACGACAAAAACCGCCAACCCUCGCAUUCAAUGUGGAUUGUCAAGCCGUGGGUGCCGUUUGCCGGCCAAACGCUAGCUCUUCCGGAAGAGCUGAUCUUGAGGCUCGGCUUUGGAAUCAACCUGUUUGAGGCAUACUUGUUCCAAUUGACCGACAUGGGCAUAACUGACGAGGAAAACCUGCCGCCUCCGGCCCAGGAGCUGUGUCGCAUAUGCGAGCAGCGAGUGCCUAACUGGUGGUUGGAAUGUCAUACAGAGCUAUGCCUAGUGGAACACCGUGCAGAGGAUACCGUGCAACAAAAACAGGAAGAACUCAGCGAGCAUAGGAACCUGUUGCAAAAUGUCCUUGACACUCUCACCAAACGACAGUUGCAAAACUCGAAAACUCCGCCUUUGGUCCCUAUGAAUUCUAGCUCUUCGGUAUCCAGCAGCAGCAGCAGCUCCUCCAACAGCUCCUCAGGGAGCUUUGUGUCGAUAACCGAGUACAAAGGCCAUUCUAUUCCUCUUUCCGCGUCAAACGAAACUGGAAGUUUGAUACGCCGAAAAAGUGUGGGCAGUCUGCUCCCCGCCAGAAGGUUCCCGUUCAAAAAUCUGGAUAUUCUUAUCCAGUACUGCGAUGAAGCUUUGAAGAUAAAUCCUGGAGAGAUCCGCACCAACGACAAAAAGUCUGAUGAGUACACAAUCUCGUUCUCUCCCGACAGUGAACGUGCGCUUGCCACUUUAAACACAAUCGAAGUUCCCGAGUCCAGCGACCAAGCUAUAAAGCUGCUUACCGAGGACACCGACUUUGUUGUCAAACAGAAAAUUGAGUCCAUUGAGAGGUACGCUCACAUACUGCAAUAUGUGGAUAAAAUUACCAAAGAGACCGACGAGAUGGUCCUGAAUGUUGUCAAGGAAACGAUUCGAAAAAUACAAGAAGACGCUUUGGAAGAGCCUCUGCAUAUCCAGUCUCCAAGGCCCGCUUCCAAGCUACAAUCAGGAAACAUUUUGGAGACAGAGAGCGAUUUGCGGCUGAAUUCGGUGUCUUCUAGUACUGGUACUUUUUCUCCAGCGUCUGACGGCCAUUUGACACCAGCAAUCAGUGUUUCUGGGGACGAGUCUGCCAAGACAAUUCAACGCAAUAACUCUCCUGGAUACAACUCACCUCGCAGACCGCUUUCUCCUAGUAUUAUGCUUCCUAUGAGCUCGAUCCAACGCAACACAAAAGCGCACAUGAAGCGCCCUAGUGUCAAUUCUGGAUCGGGAUCAAACACGCCAAUAUCCUCGCCGCUUUUCUUAUCGACUGAAGUCCCGUCAUCUUCUUCUUCUGCUGUUGACCGUCCACAGCUAUCGCCAUUGCUCGUGCCUCAGAGUUCUAAACAGAGCGCCCCUUCAAUCAAAGACUACGAAGUGAUCAAGCCCAUCAGCAAAGGUGCAUUUGGUUCUGUGUUCCUUGCCAAGAGGAGGUUGACAGGAGAAUACUUUGCUAUCAAGGUGCUCAAGAAAGCAGAUAUGGUGGCCAAGAACCAGGUUACAAAUGUGAAAGCCGAGAGGGCCAUCUUGAUGGCGCAAGCUAACUCGCCAUAUGUGGCUCAACUUGUUGCAACGUUCCAGAGUACAAAUUAUUUGUACUUGGUGAUGGAAUAUCUCAACGGGGGUGAUCUGGCUACCCUUUUGAAGAAUAUGGGCUAUCUGCCUGAAAUCUGGGCGCGGAGGUACAUUGCAGAGGUGAUUGUUGGUGUUGACGACUUGCAUUCCCGGGGUAUCGUCCACCGUGACCUAAAGCCAGAUAAUUUGCUUAUCGAUCGCAACGGGCAUAUCAAGCUCACAGAUUUUGGUCUUAGUCGAAUGGGACUGGUCAAAAGACAGAAAGACCCUCAUUCGGAUGUCAUUGAAGAUCCGUUUGUCAAUCCGCAAGCGGCUUCGUUGGUGACCAAGAAAACCGCCAGCAUCACUCCGUUUUCGCUAUCGCCAUGUUCGCCACUUGUUACACCGACAACAAGCACACUGCCUGCUUUUGAGGAGGUCGAGCCCGUUACUCUUGGAAGUGGCAGCUCUUCUCCUUUGCUACGCCCACUGACCAGAAGAUCAACGUUGCAACCGUACUUCGCCCUGAAUAAGGAGGACACACAAACUGAAAUUACCAAUUAUGCUCUCUUCGAUCCUCAGAAAUCAGCAGAGACUCGAAAGUUUGUCGGAACGCCUGAUUAUCUAGCACCCGAGACGGUUGCCGGUCUGGGCCAAGAUGAAGCUAGUGAUUGGUGGUCUAUUGGAUGCAUCCUGUUUGAGUUUUUGUUCGGGGUUCCUCCAUUCGCGGGAAACAGUCCAAAGGAAGUAUUUGAAAAUAUCCUCCACGGCCAGAUCCAAUGGCCAAAUCUAUCUCCCGAUGAAUUUCAGGAGUAUUGCUCUUUUGCUGCCAAAAACCUAAUUACCCAGCUGCUUGUGAAAGAUCCAACCCAGAGACUUGGAAGUGGUGGGUCUCAUGAAAUAAUGCAGCAUCCUUAUUUCAAAGGCAUCAACUGGGAUACGCUAUUCAUUGAGGAGGCCUCGUUUGUUCCAAGCAGCGUCGACCCGGAAUCCACUGAGUACUUUGACGACCGAGGAGCACAGCUCAGCGCAUUCCCUCAGGAUGAGCUCAAUGAGGAUGACAAUCCAGAAGCAACACUGGAAGCAAACACUUUGCCAGUCACCUCCAGUUCCUCUUCAACCACGCUCGAUUCACCCAAAACCAGUUUCUCCAAAGGCUGUGUGACGGGAAAGAGAGAAAGAAGAGGCUCAAGACUGAACGAUAGCGGCGGCUCUUCCGAAUUUGGCUCUUUCCACUUCAGAAACCUUGCUAUGCUGGAGAAACAGAAUAAGGACGUCAUCAACAGACUGAAAAAUGAGCAUAUCGAACACUUUGCGCCGUCCCCAAGCUCUAUGGAAAGCUCACCCUCGGCACCUGCUACUCCUGGUGCCACAACUGUUCCUCUGGCAACUCGUCCGCGUGGUCUGUCUUCUGCCAGUGGCCAACUCUUGACUCCCUUCAAACGCCCAUCGUCUCCGAGUAUUGUGAAAGAGAAAAUCUCGCCUCUUCUGCGCCACGCGUCCUUGGCUAGUGAUGUUUCUGAUGAGAUGAAACAGGGGUCUCCUGUUUCCCGUGCAGUGCACAGGAAGGGAUACAGCACCGAUUCAAACUCCCCUGCUGCGCGUUUGCUGUCCAAGUCUUUCUCCAGGACAGUGAGUGACUUCUCACCUUCUUCAUCCGAUAACGAGGACCGCUCAGGUCACUUGUACCAAAGAAGAAAACGAUCAUCGAAACGAGCACUUCGCACUUCGUCGUCUGCUACAGACGAAGCCUCGCAUGCGCUACAGAACAUGAUGAUUAACUUCGACGUUCUAUUGUGCGAGCCUAUUCCUAUUCACCGUUACUCUAUCGAGAACAACCUCGACCGUCUUGGCUGUGACGUUGUUGCUGUCUCUUCUGGGUCUGAGCUAAUCAAACGUGCCACCGCAGACAUAAAAUUCGAUCUGAUCCUGACCUCGACAGAACUCCACAAGCUCGAUUGUCCGGACCUGGUCAAGCUAAUCAAACAUACUUCCACUGCUAACUCGGAAACAAUAUGUGUUGCCCUGACAUCUUUCUACCGCGAUGCAGUCAACACGGGUGUCUUUGACUAUAUCAUCGAGUAUCCGAUCACCAUGGAGAAACUCAAGACUCUUCUGGACUGGUUCCGUUCGCUUAAGCGGCGCGAGGAGGAGGUUAUUGUAACCGACACGGAGUGA